UGUGCGGAAACCGGAAACUACAAGUCAGCUGCUGGGAAGCUGAAUGUGUUUAUGUCUAAAUAAGCUUGAUAGCUAAAGUCAUCAGUUGUUAAGGUGUUCAUUAAUCUGCUGGAGAAGUUUCUGGAAACAUUUGAACGGCAGUUCUUUGGAAAUCUAAUACAGACUGUGAAGAUGAAGUCUGUGUUUCUUCUCGAGGCUUUCUCUUUGGCUUGUUUUGUGCUUUUAAACCAAGUGACAGCGAAGAAUUCUGAAGACAUCCGUUGUAAAUCCUUCUUCUACAGGUUUCCUUAUGUCACACCUUGUAGACUAAUCGUGUUAUAUAUUUUUUCCAUUCUGUUUUUUCAGGACCAGCAGCCUUUUGCCAAUGCUCACAAUGUUUUGUCCCGUUCACACUCUCGACCCAACAUGCUGAACAAAGUGGAGCAUGCCCAGCAGCGCUGGAGGAGGCAGGUCCAGGAACAGAGGAAGUCUGUGUUCGACCGUCAUGUUGUUCUCAGUUAAACUGCCCUGCAAGCAAGAGUUCCUAAAAAACAAACAAAAAAACCCCCAAAAAAAACAAACACUGUGACAGAGGCCUCAGUUUAUAUUGCUUCCUUUCUCUCAUUUGUGGUUUGUAUCUCAUCAAGUGUUACACUUCACAGGUGAACGUGAUGAAGAAAUCUGGAUCCGUAGAGCAGAAGUCCCUGUCAAAUGUAUAAUCAAAACUGGGAGCUCUUAUUUAGUCCGCAGGUGACACAAGAGACACAAGAGAUUACAGUGAAUUCAUUUUUUAAAUGGCAUUUUUACAAAUGCAGAAUUGAAGAACUGCCUGCUGUCUAGUUUGCAGAAGUGCCAAGUCACCAGAGAAUUUGCAGUGAUGAAUUUGAUGUUAGAGACUAAUAAAUGUGAAAUAAUAAAAACAUAUUUCAAGUGAAUAUUUUAUAACAUUCUCCAACUCUUUCUGGCCACAGUGUCAGGUGGAUUCCCAUCAUUCCAAAGCUGUCUUUCACAUUUACAAGCCAAACAGGCUUCCAGAGUAAAACAUCCAGAUUUUGGUGAACUGGAUAACUGGGCAGCCUCCUGGCUGCAGUAAGGAUCUGUUAACAUGUGCUGGUGGGUAUUUUCCACCCCAAAACUGAUAUAACUCGAAACUACUGCUCUCACCACAGGGGAAAGGAAACCGUGAUCAAGUGUACAAUAUAAAUCUGUCAGCCUUCCUUGAAAAUGCAUGUUUUAUAAUGAAUCUUUUAUAAAUGUGAUUUGAAUCCUUUAUUCCUACCUACUCCUUCCUAUGUCUGAUAACUGGUGUGAAAUCCAUCAUAUAACAACGUUGCAUUAAAUUUCAUAUUUCAAAGUAGUUUCACUAAACCUUGUUGCAGAAAUCGAUGCAAUCUGUUGUUGAUGCUGUUGUAAUCGUUGCGCUAUUGAUCCUCGUCUGUUGAAGAUCCUCUUGAAAUUGGCACACUCUUUAACUGCCUAAACAAAUCUAAUGAAUAGUCUUUUAUUUUGGCACUUCUAUGUGCUUGGUCUAACAUCUGUUCCAUUAUGAAGGUCUUUGUUGACUAUCAGGCAGCAUUAGUAUGACAGAGUGGUGUUAUCCUGAGUGCAAAUAGGUUUAUUUUGUGUAUAGCUGGGCUGUGUACAGACCUAUGAAAGUGUUCUUAACUAUUGUAUAUGUUAUACCUUUUAACUUUGAAAUAAAUUUAUGUAAUAUUUGGGAUUCUCA